AUGACUGGUGGAAAGCAGCCAGGAAGCCACUGGCUACAAAAGCUGUCACAUGGUGUGCCCUCCACUGAAGAGCUGAAGAAUCCUCCUUAUUACCGUUCUACUGUGGCACUGCAUGAAAUCAUUCCUCAUCGGAAGUCUCCUGAACUGAUCUGGGCCUGGGAAAUCGCUCAGGUCUUCAAAACAGAUCCACACUGGCAGAGCACAGCUGCUGGUGCUUUGCGGGAGGCCAGUGAGGCCUGCCUGGUUCACCUGUGUGAGGACACCAAGCUGUGCGCUAUCCAUGCCAAAGGCGGAACGAUUAUGGUAGAGACAUUCAGUUAG